GAUGGCUUUCUGCACAACACGCUCAACAUGGAAAGUUUCAAAGUUGUUUUAUCGUAUUUGUGACUGAGUGCGUGUAAAUAAAAACAAUGGGAACGUACUAAAGAAAACGGAGAAUUGUUUAGUGCCCGUCUCGGACGGUCCGAGUGGCGGCAAGCUCGUUUUUAGGAGAUUUUAUGUUGGCCUUGUCGUGUGUUUUGUGCUGUCAACAAAUAUGUCCAAGCUUUCAUUUAGGGCGAGAGCCCUGGACGCUAGCAAGCCCAUGCCUAUUUACAUGGCUGAGGAACUUCCGGAUCUUCCUGAUUAUUCGGCGAUUAACCGGGCAGUUCCUCAAAUGCCAUCGGGAAUGCAAAAAGAGGAAGAAUGUGAGCAUCACCUGCAAAGAGCAAUAUGUGCCGGGCUCAUCAUUCCAACCCCAGAAGUAUCGGACAUGCCAAGUAGAGAAUUCUACGACAAGGUUUACCCUGCAAAUUACAAGCAACCGCGUCAACUUAUUCACAUGCAACCAUUUACGAUGGAGCAGGACAUUCCGGACUACGAUAUGGACUCUGAGGAUGAACGAUGGUUACAGUCACAAACACAAAAAUUGGACCUGAGUCCGCUCAAAUUUGAGGAGAUGAUGGAUCGUUUGGAAAAAAGUAGUGGACAGACCGUCGUAACUCUAAACGAAGCCAAAGCGUUGCUUAAAGAGGACGAUGAUCUCAUUAUAGCAGUAUUCGAUUAUUGGUUGAAUAAACGGUUAAAAACUCAACAUCCAUUGAUUCUGACGGUGAAAACAGAACACCGAGCUGGUACCGCAGCCAAUAACCCGUAUUUGGCAUUCCGACGACGAACAGAAAAGAUGCAGACUAGGAAACAUAGGAAAAACGAUGAAGCUUCUUACGAGAAAAUGUUGAAACUUAGGCGGGAUCUGUACAGGGCUGUAACACUGCUGGAGUUGGUGAAGAGGCGUGAGAAAAUCAAAAGGGAAUACGUUCACCUUACCGUCGAAGUGUUUGAGAAGCGAUAUCAGGCGAAGGACUUUUCGGGAGCUAUUAUGGCUGAGGUCUCUGCCGUUAAGUCAUCUCGGCCCGCUUUUACUCCUCUCUUUCACAACCAUUAUCCAAAUCAGAGUUGGUCUAAUAAAGCCAUUCUUAAAGACGAGGUUAUCCCGCGAAGAGAAAAACGACAGUACAAGAAACGCAAACACAAGUCGUUAUCUCAGGGCCGGUCUGGCGGCAUGGGUACCGGCGGUCUCGAAUCGCUGGGAAAUAUGUCAUCGGACGAGGAUACUGCUAUGCCACAUCUUUCACCAGAACCCGAGGAGGCAGACGACGAAGGCCAGUUUGCAUUCAGGAGGAACAAAUUGUGCUCAUACCACAUGCCUCUACCCCAUGAAGGAAACUGGCCGUGGUGUUCGAAGGAAGAGAACGGCAUGGCAGACAAACGAUUCCGUUUCACCCUGACCUCCCUCUCCAACCCCCGCCGAUGUAUAGGCUUCGCCAGGCGUCGGGUGGGCAGGGGAGGUAGGAUAAUGUUCGACCGUGCGUCUACGGAUUACGACGACUUGUGGAGGACACUGGACUUUUCCAUUAUAGAAUCCAGCGAUCUCCAGGAGAAGAAGGACGUUUUGGAGUCUGUUUCGGUGGAACUGAACAGCUCGAACGGUAUCCAAACUGAUAUUAAAAGUGAGUUUAGUGUUAUUAACGUGAAUAGAGGUAAUGUGCGGACAAGUGAGAGUGCCGGUAGCGGAAGUGGGGGCGACGUCAAAGUCGAGAUUAAAACGGAGCCCUUAGAUAUUCAGGAGGAGGGGGUAGCGCUUCUGGAGCCGGUGUACUCGAUAGAGGAGAAAGACGAGAUGGUCGAUUUUCUCAGGUCGCUCAGGAGGGAUUGGUUACAUUUUCGACCGAAAACGCCACCACCCGAAUACGAGCCGCCUUGCGAUAUGCUCUUGUCGCAGGAUACCUUCUUCAACCCCAGUGCCAACAUGCCAUUCUCUAUGGAGAUUCAGACGUUGGAAGCACCCAGCAGCACGCUGUUGGACACCUCCACAUUUAUCACCGAUCCAUUUAUGUUUGACAAUUUGGAUUUAGAUACCCCUGUAACAGACACGCGGCAAUCCAGUGACAGACACAUUCAGACGGGAUCCGCGCUUAAUACGCUUAUACCUAGUGUUAAUAGUAACGGUAAUGUUGUCCACAGUGAUAACGUUAUCCUCAACGAUAGUUUUAAUUUAAGUGACACAAACUGUGACGUGAGCUGUGACAGUGACUACAGGACUAUCGGAUGUUCUAGGUUUACUAUCACAGAUUUGGGCAGCUUCGGCGGCGGUCCAAGUCAGAUGGAGACCGUGGAUAUGUCUAAACAGAAAAAAGUUUUUUCUUCGAGUACCUUGACUAGUCCUAAGUUUAAUAGUGUAAGUACAGUGACGACAGGGGAAGGGCGCAGACCCAGGAACAACACCGAUCAAAAUUCGCUUGGCAACACUAACGGCUUACUGACUCAAUUUGGAUUUGAGGUACCUCCCAACAGAAAGAGAAAUAAUAAGUUAUCAUACGCUUAUUCUAGCGGGGUGGGAUACCCAAAUGCUUCUUCUGGCACAUUGAGUCUUCACACCUCUGCCCAUACUCUUACGCUUAAUAGUCAUAGUGCCAAUAUAUUGGAUAUUCCAAUAACCAGUGAGCCGGACACGAAUAAACUGGGCACUGACGCUACAGGUGGGCCUGUGUCCAGUAAUAACAAAACAAAAACCAUAGUCCGCAAGAAUAAUCUAAUAAUGGAGGUAACGUGAUGAUCAAUGUUCGACCUGUGGCCCCAAUACGGCUGCAGGGUGUGGCUACUGACUACUAUCAGGGUGUUAUGUUGCUGAUUCUGUUAAAAAAAAGGUUGAGAAUAUGCCUGCAAGAUUUUACAUUAAUUUACCAUUUAUAACAUAUAGUAACUCGUGUAUCACAAUGCUAAAAAAAAGUUGUAAUUAAGAUACAAAAAAAAAGAAAAGAGUUUUCAUAUUUUUCUCUGCUUAGAAGUUUAUAUUCUUGCAUUAUAACUAAUUAUAUUCGUUCCUAAGUCUUAUGUCAUAUAUGUGGUGGGCUAACAAUGUUUUGUGAUAUUAUUUUUUAUAGAAAUGAAGAUGGAUAUUUUUAUUUUUAAAUUUUUCGUACUGAUUUUAAUGUAAUAAAUGGCACGGAAAAUCAUGUUAUACCGAUUAUAAAAAUAUAUUCAUAGGUACUUUUUAUGUAAUCUGCGAAGUGCCGCAAUAUACAGAAUAUAACGACAAUUUAAAUUAUUGCUAUUUAUUUGAAAUCAAUCCUAUUUUACAGUUUUUUUUUAAUGUUAAAUUGCAUUUUGAAGUUUAUUGGAGUAAUAAAUCACAUUUUAAAUUUAUUCAGUUUUACUCUAUGGUAAAGAUGUCAAGUAUUACAUGUUUAUAGUGAAAAUCAUAAAAUAUAUAAAUUUUAUAAUAUUUAAAUGUAAAAGUGAAGUUUGUUGCCAACAUUUUUGUUGAAUGUUAAUUUCUCUUGGUAUUCUAAAUAUUGCAUGUCAAAAAUAUAUUAUUUUGCAAAUAACGUUUUGGUAUACAAAAAUGAAAUAUUUUCCGAUUUUUACAUAAGAAAGUGAAAUGUUGCACAAUCUUCUCUGAUACCGUACCUUAUAUACAAAUGUGUCUGAAAUUGGAAAAAGAUGUAGAAUAUAUUAUGUGAUAAUUAAAGCUUUCAGGCUUUUGAAGGAAGUAAGAAAAAAAUAAACAAUUGUUACUUA